GUGCCAAACGGUUGCAAUCAACCGAGUCGAAAACACCAAAAAUAGCCGACUUGAGAGUGAGUGAGCGAGAGAGAGAGACUUUAGCAUUAAAAACUGAUUAAAACGAUCAUUAUCAUCAACAAAUGAAGUUCAGCGAUGGCUACAAUGGCGUCGAGGGCCAAGAUCACUAGGCUUCUCAGCAAACUGACCCACAAAACUCCGAGUUUCGCUUCUGGGUUUCGCUCUAAUGGCGCUAGAGGGCAGAUUCGGGUCAACCCAUUUGGUGUUUCCGGGUUUCCAUUAUCAUCUUCGGCAGCUCCUCUGGAAUCGAACGUGAUGGGUUCGAAAGAUUACGAGGAUUACAGGAGAUCUCUCUAUGGUGGAAUCACUCACAAAGCUCUCUUGGUUGAUGCUGUUGGCACUCUUGUUGUUCCCUCUCAGCCCAUGGCCCAGAUUUACAGGCAGAUUGGUGAUAAAUAUGGGGUUGAGUACUCUGAAGCUGAGAUAUUGAACAGAUAUAGGUGGGCUUAUGAGCAGCCUUGGGGUAGAUCUAGACUCAGAUAUGUUAAUGAUGGGCGACCGUUCUGGCAAUAUAUUGUCAGUUCUUCAACUGGUUGUUCAGAUUCUCAAUACUUUGAGGAGUUGUACAACUAUUAUAUCACUGAAAAGGCAUGGCAUCUCUGUGAUCCGGAUGCUGAAAAAGUAUUCAAGGCUAUUAGAAGUGAAGGUGUGAAAUUGGCUGUUGUGUCAAACUUUGACACUAGAUUAAGACCCCUCUUGCGGGCUUUGAAUUGUGAUCACUGGUUUGAUGCUAUGGCAGUUUCAGCUGAAGUUGAAGCAGAGAAGCCAAAUCCCACCAUAUUUCUGAAAGCUUGUGAGUUGUUGGGAGUAGAACCUGAAGAUGCCGUUCAUGUAGGGGAUGAUCGUAGAAAUGAUAUAUGGGGUGCCAGAGAUGCAGGUUGUGAUGCUUGGCUUUGGGGAAGUGAUGUUCAUUCCUUCAAAGAGGUUGCUCAGAGGAUAGGAAUUCGGAUCUGAAAGAGGAAUGGUUUCAUUUCAUUGUAUAGAAGCUUCUCAUCCUGCUUCUCUUUGUAAUAAUCAAUUGUAUAUAUUCCGCUGUUCUUGUUAUCUGUAUGAGGUAGAUCAAAAGAUGUGAGGAUACAGCUAAUGUGACUGUAGAAUAAAUAGCAAUAAAAAGACAUUAGUGAGGGUUUUUGUGUUUUCUAUGCCAAAUUCCAGUUGCAUUUGUGA